AUGGCAGAAUUCACCCACGAAAGUACAAAGGAACAAGAAGAGGAAGUUUUACAGGAGGAAGUAUUAGAUUUUGCACCAGCAGCAUUGGAUGACUCCCUGCCAGAAGUGGAGGAUCCUCUACAAGAAAUAAACUUAGGGACAGAAGAAGAUCCGAGGCCUACUUUCAUCAGCACACUUCUGAAAGAACCACUCAAGUCUGAACUCAUGGCACUUUUGCAAGAGUUCAGAGAUUGUUUUGCCUGGCACUACCACGAGAUGCCAGGACUGGACAGACAGCUAGUAGAACACAAACUGCCAAUCAAAGAUGGCUACCUUCCAGUUAAACAGGCUAGGAGAAGAAUGUCUAUGGACACAGAACUGAAGGUCAAGGAAGAGAUAGAAAGGCUGCUCAAGGCAGGAUUCAUCAGACCAGCCAUCUAUGCCGAUUGGCUAGCAAAUAUUGUAACUGUCCUCAAAAGAAAAACAGGGGCAGUUAGAAUAUGUGUGGAUUACAGAAAUCUGAACGAAGCAUCUCCCAAAGACGAAUAUCCUAUGCCAAUGGCGGACAUGCUAAUAGACGGAGCUGCUCAUAACCAGAUGCUAUCUUUCAUGGAUGGCAACGCAGGUUAUAACCAGAUCAUGAUGGCAGAACAAGACAUCCACAAGACAGCCUUCAUGUGUCCAGGGCAUAUAGGUGCUUUCGAAUAUAUUGUAAUGCCUUUCGGUUUAAGAAACGCGGGUGCUACCUAUCAAAGGGCAAUGAAUUCCAUUUUUCAUGAUAUGAUAGGACAUUCUUUAGAAGUAUACAUAGAUGAUGUGGUGAUUAAGUCUCCUGAGGAAGGAGACCACAUAUCAAGUCUAAGGAAGGCAUUCCUAAGAAUGAGGCAGCACAAGCUAAAAAUGAACCCCAAAAAAUGUGUUUUUGGAGUCCAGGCAGGAAAUUUCUUAGGAUUCUUGGUUCACCAGAGAGGCAUAGAAGUUGACAAGAAUAAAGCAAAGUCCAUCAUGGAAGCCCUACCACCUCGGAACAAAAAGGAACUUCAGAGUCUCCUAGGGAAAAUCAAUUUUCUAAGGAGAUUCAUAUCUAAUUCCGCAGGAAAGAUUCAGCCCUUUUCUUCCCUGUUAAGACUAAAACAGGAACAAACAUUCAAAUGGGAAGAACAGCACCAACGGGCAUUCCAAGAAAUAAAAGAUUACCUCUCAAAUCCACCAGUUCUGUCCCCACCAAAGAGAGGCAGACCACUCAAACUCUAUGUAUCUGCAUCAGAGGUGUCCAUUGGAAGUCUGCUAGUCCAUGACAACAAGGAAGGAAAGGAGCAGGCAGUUUACUAUCUAAGCAGAACACUGACAGAAGUGGAGAGAAGGUAUUCCGCAAUAGAAAGGCUUUGUCUGGCCUUGUAUUUUACUGCUGUAAAGCUCAGACAUUAUAUGCUGCCACACACUAUCUAUAUCAUCGCCAAGACAGACUUGAUCAAGUAUAUGUUGACAAGACCAAUGCUGAGGGGCAGAAUUGGGAAAUGGACUUUGGCUUUAACAGAAUUCACCCUCAGGUAUGUCCCCCAGAAAGCUGUCAAGGGGCAAGCUGUGGCAGACUUCCUAGCAGAUCACCCAGGAGAGGAAAUUGAAAACAUGGACUCUUUGGACAUAGCAAAUGCAAAUCUACUAACCAGGGCUCAUGUUUGCCUUAACAAUCCAAUCUAUUCGAUUCAUCUUACACCUUGGAAACUAUAUUUUGAUGGAUCAAAGACAGAUAAGGCUUCAGGAGCCGGGGUUGUUCUGGAAGAACCAUUGGGGAUCAGACAUUGCUAUUCCUUCCAGUUAGAUUUCCAGUGCACCAACAACAGGGCCGAGUAUGAAGCUUUGAUCAUAGGGCUUGAAAUGUUGGUAGAGUUAGGAGUCCAAUCCGUGGAAAUCUUGGGAGAUUCAAUGCUUGUCUUAAAACAAAUUGCUGGAGAAUACAAGUGUCUGAAUCCUUCCCUGGCUGUAUAUCUAGUAGCAGCUAGAAAUCUGUUGACAGAAUUUAGAGAAGCUACUUGGGAACACAUCCCAAGGGAAGAGAACUUUGCAGCCAAUGAACUGGCUCAGGUGGCAUCAGGCAUACAAAUGCCCGAAGACUGCGUCCAGAGGAUCAUCAAGAUAGGAAGAAAAAGUCUACCGUCGGUUUUGACUAGAGGAAUGGAGAUAGAAGUCAAUUCUGCCUUAAUCACUAAAGACGAUUGGAGAGAGCCUAUCAUGACUUACUUGCAGUAUCCCACUCUGCCCUCUGAGAAAAGAGUCAGAAUCAUGGCUACAAACUACCUCAUGUGGAAUGAAGAUUUGGUCCGAAAAAGUAAGGAUGAGGUGCUAUUAAGGUGCCUUGGAAAGACAGAAUAUAUGAAAGUCAUGGGAGAAACCCAUGAGGGGAUCUGUGGGGCUCAUCAAGGGGGAAGAAAGAUGUGCUGGUUAAUUAGAAGGUAUGGCUACUUCUGGCCAACCAUGUUGAAGGAUUGCAUCAAUUAUUCUAAGGGAUGUGAAGCUUGUCAAAGGCACGGCCCAAUCCAGCAGGCUCCUUCUGUUCCCAUGAAUCCAGUGGUAAAACCAUGGCCUUUUAGGGGAUGGGCAAUGGAUCUCAUUGGCAAAAUCUAUCCCGCCAGCAGCCAGCAGCAUUGUUUUAUCAUUGUUGCUACAGACUAUUUCACCAAAUGGGUAGAGGCCAAGCCAAUCAAAACCACAACUUCUCAAGAGAUCAUCACCUUUAUAGAAGAACAGAUCAUACAAAGAUUCGGCAUUCCAGAAUCAAUCACAACUGAUAGGGGUUCUUCUUUCAUAUCUAGGGAUAUGCUAGAUAUGGCAGAAACAUUCAAGUUCAAACUACUUCAAUCUACCCCUUAUUAUGCUCAAGCUAAUGGACAGGCAGAAUCAAGUAACAAGGUGAUUAUCAAUAUCAUCAGAAAGAUGCUAGAGAAGAAUCCAAAGCAAUGGCAUGAAAAGUUAUCAGAGACUUUGUGGGCAUACAGAACUUCAAAAAGAGAAGCAACUGGCAUGACCCCCUAUGCUCUAACCUACGGCCAUGAUGCAAUUCUGCCUAUGGAGAUAGCAGUCCAGUCUCUUAGAAUUGCUCACCAGCACAAUCUCACAGGAGAAGACUACUCUCAAGCCAUGUUACUUGAAUUAGAAGAAUUGGAUGCAAGUAGGAUUGACACCCUCAACAAACUCUUGGCAGGGAAACAGGCUGUAUCUAGGGCAUAUAACAAAAGAGUCAGAAACAAGAGUUUUGAAGAAGGAGAAAUAGUCGGGAAGGCAAUUCUGCCUCCUGGAGCACACAUAGCUGGGUAUGGAAAAUGGUCACCUACAUGGGAAGGUCCUUUUGUGAUUAGCCAGAUCCUCGGAAUGGGGGCAUAUAGGUUGCAGGACAGAGAUGGAGUUAUUCACAAUGCCCCAAUCAAUGGCAAAUGGUUAAAGAAGUUCUACCCAACCAUGUGGGAUUCACAAGCUGUACAGACAGAUCCCGGGAUAGGAAAAGAACAAGGCUAA